GCCGGCGGGGUUUGGGGGAGGACACCCGCUACAGCCGCCUCCUGCCACCCCCUCGGGGUUUCUUUUUCCCUCUACUCCCAUCCCAUCCCAUUCUGCCCGCGGGGACACAGGGGACACAGCGCACGGGGGGCUCCCGCCCGCGGGCACAGGAAAGCGGCCCCCCGGCCCCCCCCGGCUCUCUCCGGGCCACCCCCUCCAGCCCCCUCCCUCCCCUCUCCCGCCCCGCCCCGCUCCCGCUUUCUUCGCCGUUUCUUUCUUUUCCUUCUUUUUUUCUUUUCCUUCUCUUUUCCCCCAGAAGAGGCGCGGCGGGCGGAGGGGGCCGGGGGGGCCGGGGCUGCCCGCCCCCACCCGCGGCUCCGGAGGCGCCGGCGCCGGGAAGAGCGGCCGGCGGAGCGGGGACCGACCGGGAACCCCGGCCCGGGGAGAGCCGGCGAGGAGGAGGAGGGACGGGACGGUCGGUGCGGCGGCCCCCGGCCCCUCUGCCACUUCCUGGGAAACAUGGAUGCCGGGACGCUGGAUGCRGCGGUGCAAAGUGCUCUCCAGGCCCUCUACCCRCCCUUCGAAGCCACGGCCCCCACCGUCCUGGGCCAGGUGUUUCGGCUGCUGGAGUCCAGCUACCAGGGCGAUGGGCUCUGCUGCCUGCUCCAGUUCCUCAUCCCGGCCAAGCGGCUCUUCGAGCGCCUGCGGCAGGCGGCCUGCGCUCCCUACUUUAACCGCAUCUUUCUCCAUGAAGGCUGGCCCUUGUGUCUGCACGAGAAGGUGGUCGUGCACCUCGCGCCGCUCAACCCCCUCCUGCUGCGUCCCGGGGACUUCUACCUGCAAGCAGAGCCCUGCGAGGAGCACACGGCACGUGUCACCGUCAAGCACCUGUCCCUGGACCUGCGCUCGGUGGAGGAGACACCGGUCCCCGAGGCCACCCACGCACUGCUCUUCACCAAUGCGUGGCUGGAGGAGGUGAACAGCACCUGGGCYGGGGCUCCCCUGCACACCUGCCUGGUGGCCACCGAGAACGGYGUCACCCCACUGCCGUGGAGCCGGAUUGCCAUGCCCGAGUUCACCGACAAGCCCGGGGCUGGAGCUGACACUGUGUCCGUGGGUGCCCGGCAUGAACCUGCUCCUGAGCCYGCACCUGAGCCGGCAGCACCCGGCACACCUGUGCCCCAUGGCACAGCCAAUGUCCCCACGCCCUACAGCAACAUUGUGGGCACCAUCCCAGGCUGCAAGGCCACCUCCUGGAAGUCAGGCCAGGGACGAUACCCAGGACUCAUCAAGGUGGAGCAGGCAGGGCUGCGGAAGAAGCCGGCCACGCUGGCUGUGCCCAGCCUCUGUGAAAUCAUCAGCCAGAACCUGGAGGGGGAGUAUGUGGACCUGCUGGAGCAAUCCCAGGAGGACAUGGACCUCCUGAGCAGAUCCCUCUUGCCUACCUGCCCUCCAGGGAGAAUAAGGGCUGGGGCCGAGGUGAUGCUCCCCUGGGCAAAUGGGGGACCGGGACCAGAGGCCUGGACCUGUGGAGGARCACUGAGCUCAGAGGAUCCCUGCAGCCCGAGUCUGGGGAGGAGGCUGAGCCAGGAGCCAGGGCCACAUGGCCCAAAGUGCCGCCAGCGAGACUCCUACAUGGCCGCGCUGCAGAACCCGGUGAGCUUCGGCUCUGGGCUGAUGGCGGCCAUCCUGGAGGAGCCGGACAGCCCCGGCCCCGAGCUGGCCCCUGCCACCCCCCGUGAGAGCCCCGCAGAGCACAGGAAGGGGGCUGGCAGCCCCACGCUCCUCACCCGCCGGUCCUGCCAAGCGACUCCUGGGGUGCCGGGGCAAGGGGGGUUGGUGCAGCGGGGCAGCCCCCGGCUCCCCCCAGGUUCCAGACACAAGUUCUCCUUCCUGAAGGGUGCACGGCUCGGGGCAGCCCCUGUGGAUGAAAGAGUCACCAGCCAGCACGAGGGGGCCUGGAAGAAGAUGUCGGCCAUCUAUUCGCCCAGGAUGGGCAGAGCCAGGGCAGCAGGGAAAGGUACGAAUGCAGCCACUGCUGCUCCCAUGGAGGAACGGUCCCUGGAAAGUGCCAGCUGCAAGAACGGUCCCUCUGUGCCCAGCACGGGCACUGCUGGUCGGGAGCCCCCAGCCUGGCAGGACCUGCACGCUGGGCUGCUGCGCUCSGGCAUCAUCUGCCUGCCAGGGAGCUCGGACAGGAUGGGCAGGGCCCUCCUCGUGGUGACCACCAGUGGCAGUGCCUGGCGGGCUGCGUGGUGCUCAGCUGCGGAGCUGGCRAGGCUCAUCCUCUGCCUCUGCUCCCUCCCCAGGCAAGAAGUGAAGAAUGGUGAGAGGCGAGAAGCGAAGGAUGUUGGGCUCACGCUCGUGGUGGAUGCUCGGAAGCAGCCGCCUGCUCCUGUCCUGUUCUCAGCCCUCCGCUCCGUCCAGAGUGUCUCUCCAGGCUGCAUCCACAGCGUGCUGCUCCUGGCCGAGAAGGAGCUGCUGUCCCACCGUGAGAGGCUGCCUGGGGUGCAGGUGGAGACCCUGACGUCGCUGAAGGCUCUGGGCCGCCACAUCGACAGCUCCCAGCUGCCCCCAGAGCUGGAUGGUGCCUUCCCCUACUGCCACGGCGAGUGGGUUCAAUUCUUCCAGAAGCUGCAUCCCUUCACAGCCGGCCUCAGGCGGGCAUCGGAGCUGCUGCAGUGGUGCAUCCAGGAGCUGCGGAACACAGAYGCACUGGCAGGGACACAGGAUGCAGCUGCGGGCAUCAGGAGGCACCAGGAGCUGAUGCAGAAGGUGCUGAGCGACCCUCAGCUGGUGCGGGUGCAGCGCGAGGGCGGCUUCGUGCUGGCCAGGCUGCGCAGGGAGGCCGCUCGCCUCCGCGCCUCUGACCACGUCAGGACCGGUAUGGAGUUGGCUGAGGGGCUGUACAGCCAGCUAGAGGAAGAGCUUCAUGACCUCGUGUCCCAGUCCAACAGCUGCCUGGAGCACCUGGAGUUCCUCCGCAAGGUCCGCGAGCUCGAGACCGAGUUUGGCAAGCUGAGCUCCUGGCUGGAAGGGGAAGCAGCAGCGCGGCUACAGGAGAUGGGCACUGAGGAGUGGAGUCCCGACAGCUGCCCAGGCUCUGCUGAGCACUUCAAGGAGUUCCUCGCCCAGGCCACAGCUCAGUACCAGCAYGGCCUGACCCUGUGCCGGGAGGCGGCCGAGGUCCGAGACACGGCGUUCCCCGAGGCAGACGCCUUCCAAGAGGCUGCAGCCCUUUUCCAGACAAAGCUGCUGAGCUUCUCCAAGCAGCUGGAACGGCGGCAGGCAGAACGGGAGCUGCUGCAGGAGCUCGUCCACUUCUCCAACAAGGUGGCGGGGCUGAAGGUGGACUGCCGGCAGUGCUCGGCCCGGGCACAGCGAGGGGAGGGCCAGGCGCUGCGGUGCCUGCAGAGAUCCUUCCAGAAGCUCUCGGCRGAGUUCGCCCGCGAGAAGCUGCAGGAGAUGAAGACUCAGGUGCGCAGGAUGCAGAGCAGCCAAGGGCUGGCAGCCUGGACAGAGGCACGGCACAGGUACCAGGAGACGCAGCRGGUGCUGCAGGAGAUGCUGGCGGAGCUGCAGGAGGCCUGGGGAGCACAAACCGAUGGGCAGGGAGACUCCUCCAGCCCAGGGUCUGUGGUGUGUUGCACAGAGGCCCCAGUGUGCAGAGCAGCCCCCAGCCCUGAGCCAGCGGUGUUGGGGGGCAGGGGUGUGGCAGAGCAGCCAGAGAGCAGCACUGAGGGGCCAGGACAGCCCCAGGGGCCAGGACAGCCCCAGGCCAGCACUGCUCCUGGCUCCACACUGGGUGUGGAGCAGAGUUCCCUGCAGCCUCACUGCCAGCUGGGGCCUCAGGGUGCCCACACCUCUCAGCACCACAUCUCUGCUGACACCCUCCACCCCAAACCCAAGAGCAAAGGCAGCCUGGGAGCAGCAGGACACCUCACCCAGGAGUGCAGCCAGCCCCCCCGGAGGCGUCUCUUCACCCUGCCUCCCUGGACACGCUUCCCAGGUGCUGACCCACCGUGUGCCASUGCUGUGCCCUGUGGGGCUGCCUCAGAUCCCAGCACACCUGGUGCACCGGCAGGGCCACGGGCAGAAGCUGCCCAGUAUUUCCAGGUUUCCAGCCAGAGCAGUUUCUCCUCUGAAGACUCAGAUUCACAGAACUCCAUGGAAGAGGCCCCAGCAGCAAGCCUGGCUUUGCCCAGGGACCUCCAGAGUCCCAGACCACCCUGUUCCUCUGAAAAGUUCCCCCAGAUCAUAUACCUGGAGAACCACCACACUGAAAGUUCAGCUAAAGCAGAUGCCAAGUAACCAGUCCCCCCAGCUGAAGCUGUUUCUGUCCAGCUGUGUAAGUCUUGAUCAUCAACUGGUUGAGACUUCCCAUGCUCAGAGRUGGGGUGCUGGGACUUCUUACCCCAUCCUCAGUUCCCAGAAUCUUUGGUUCCCUGUCCUUAGUGCUCUCCCUGCUGUGUGUCAGCAGUAACCCCAUCACCCGCUCACGAGGUUYGUUCACAGUCUACCAGGAGUGUAGCAAUUCUCCCUAAAGUGCCUUUAUCCCUGCCAGUGCCAGCCGUGUCUCGGGCAGUAGGGAGGGCUCCUGCAUUGGAAGCUGUGCCUGGAGCAUCCCAGGGAGUGCAGACCUGUAGAUGUUCUGACACUGACUGCUCCCUGCUCUCCUGGGUGGUUUUACCCUGGCUGAGCCCCAGCAAUGGGCCCUGCGUUUGUGUGCGCUCAUUAACACGGGACUAACUGCAUUAACAUCAAUAAACCUGAAAAGAAACACCUGGCUGGUCCUCGUGGAGGAGACUGAGAAGUUGUGUCCCACUGAGAACCAGUGUUGGGGUUCUCCGCCAGGCUCCAGCUGCUCCCACCACCUCAGCACCGUGCCCACAGGCAACUGGUGCCCCCAUCACUGGCUGUGCCCACAGCCUGGCUCUCCUGCUUGCUGCCAGCCCCUUGCUCCUGCUCAAAGGACCCUUUUGUAAGGGUAAACCUCAGCCUCUCGUUCUCCCUCCCAGUACACGAGCAGAGUGGUGUCAUCCUGCCCAGCCUCCCCACUCUGUUUUGGGAACGCGCCGUCCUGAAGCCUUGGGGACCCGUUUGGCCUGGGUGCGACCUUGCCGAUCCCAGUCGGAAUCAGCCUGAGGUCCCAGGGGAUCCUGUCCCUGCAGGCGUGUCCUGCACCGCCCGUUUGGGCACCCUGACUGCAGGCGGGACCCCGGCACCGUCCGGCCACCCCCCUGGGCAGGCACAGCAUGAGCUAAUCAAGAGAUGCCGCAGGAGAAGCACCCUCUGCCUUGGAAGCCGUUCCAGAAAAACACAGCCCUCCUCCCGUGCAUGCUGCGCCUCGGCAAAGGGCACUCGCCCAUCCCAGUCUGGCUGAGCAUCACUCAUACCCCCCUCAGCCUUGUUUUUGCCAGAUCCCGAAGCCAAGCCCCGCUSAGCUCCUCUCGGGAGGUGACGGCCCCAGCUGCCCCCUGUGGGCGCCACCUCCUCCUGUCUGGGUCAUUAACSAGGAAUUAAUGGGACCGGCCCCAGCCCUGCCCUGACACAGGACCUCCAGCCUGUCACCGCUCCUAGUCCUAUACAACUGUUUGCCUUCUCCCUGUAAUUUUUUUAGACUCCACCUUCCCCAGCUCAACGCUGAUUUCCCUACUGAUAAUUCUGUCCCUGCUCCACUGAAAUCCUGGUCACUGAGUCAGUCCAUCCCAUUCCUUUUGGUUUAAAAAUCAUUGUCCUAGAUGACCCUGAACAGGUCUGCACAUCCUGUCCUCUGUGAGCCUAGAGUUCAUCCCAUUCUCCAAUAAUGCCAUGUCCUGAACAGCACCAAGGUCACCGAGCUAGGACAUUUCUACCUUUUCCUGAUAUGUCCCUGCUCCCCAUCCCAACUCCCCCCAGCCCAGUGUGCCCACUCCCCAUCCCAUGUGGCCAGUGCAAGCCGUGCCCACCCGGAUGGGGCCCAGCUCAYUGAGAGAGACAAAAAUCUGCCUCCAGCAUCAUUCCAAACCAAGCCUGACAGUUCCCYUGCUCAAUUUUCCGCUCUGCUGAGAGCUGAUCUGCUGUAUCCCCACCAUUACAGUUUUUAGGUUGGAGAAAUAGCACUUUCCAGUGAAAAGCAGAGUCAUUUUUCAAACCAGAUGGAAUUGCGAUUUGUCUGAGUAAAGCAAACAAUGACUUUCCUGUUGUUUUCUUUUUCCA